AGGAUACUGAAGAGUCUUGGUACACUGACAGCAGUUUGGAAUCGGGUCCGAGGAUGAGGAGGACUCUCCUGCUGCUGCUGGCCUCUCUGGCCUCUCUGGCCUCCCUGAUUGUUCUUGCUGAUCAAUCUGACCUGAAAGUAUUGUCUGCCCCCAACUUAUUGCGGGUGGGAACAGCUGAAAACAUCUUUGUGGAGUGUCAAGACUGCUCCGGAGGAAACAUUAAUGUCAACAUCUUUGUGAAAAACCACCCAACAAAAACAAAAACCCUGGCAUCGAAAACAGUGACCCUUACUAGUGCCGAACACUUCCAGGGCUUCGGAGAAAUUACCAUCUCGGCUGCAGACUUCAGUAAGGAUCCCAACAUCAAGCAGUAUGUGUACUUGCAAGCUGAGUUCCCUGACCGAGUACUGGAGAAAAUAGUCUUGUUGUCUUUCCAGUCUGGUUACAUCUUUAUACAGACAGACAAGACCCUCUACACCCCCAACAGCAAAGUUCAUUACAGGAUCUUUGCACUGACGCCAGGGAUGAAGCCUGUGGAAAGAGAUGCUCAAGCCAUUGCUGAUACUUCUGUUUCCAUUGAGAUUGUGACACCUCAGGACAUUAUCCUACCACUUGAUCUAGUCUCGCUCAACUCGGGUAUUUACUCUGGACACUACCAACUCAGUGACAUUGUAAGUCAUGGACUGUGGAAGUUGGUGGCAAAGUUCCACAGCAACCCGCAGGAGAGUUUCUCAGCAGAAUUCGAAGUCAAAGAAUAUGUGCUUCCUAGUUUUGAGGUGAAACUGAUUCCUAUGAGCUCCUUCUACUAUGUGGACAGUGAAGAGCUUAACAUUAACAUCGAAGUUGCGUAUCUGUUUGGAAAAGAAGUGGAAGGCACUGCCUAUGUCGUAUUUGGUAUCAUGGACAAAGAUGUGAAGAGGGGCCUCCCACACUCUCUUACAAGAGUGUCGGUCCAGAGUGGAAAGGGAACAGUCACACUGAAGAGGGACCAGAUCAUACGGACCCACCCAGACAUCAACCAGCUUGUGGGGAAAUCAAUUUAUGUGUCUGUCAGUGUGUUGACAGAGAGCGGUAGUGAGAUGGUGGAGGCAGAGCUGAGAGGGAUUCAAAUCGUCACAUCGCCCUACAGCAUCUCUUUCAAAAGAACGCCCAAAUAUUUCAAACCAGGAAUGUCAUUUGAUGUGGCGGUUGAAGUCCUUAAUCCUGAUGAGAGUCCAGCAGAAGGUAUUCCAGUGGUGGUUGAACCUGGUAAUGUGAGGGGCUCAACUGCAGCCAACGGCAUCGCAAGACUCACCAUCAAUACAGCAGCACUGCAGGACAGACUGCCAAUCACUGCAAAAACAGAGGAUUCUAGGAUUUUAGUUAAUAGACAAGCAAAAGCCACUAUGGAAGCUGUCCCGUACACAACAGUCAGCAAUAGUUACAUUCACAUCGGUGUGGAUACAGCUGAGCUGAAAUUAGGAGACAACCUGAAAAUAUACCUCAACCUCAACAAGCAGCCAAAUACACCCAAAGACAUCACGUAUCUGAUCUCGAGUAGAGGUCAGCUGGUGAAAUUUGGACGAUACAAAACACAAGGCCAAGUACUGAUUUCCCUGAUAGUUCCCAUCACCAAAGAGAUGCUGCCAUCAUUCCGCAUCAUAGCCUACUAUCACCCAACUUCUGAUGAAGUGGUUUCAGACUCCGUUUGGGUGGAUGUCAAAGAUACAUGCAUGGGCACGCUGACGCUGGAACCAACGAGAGGCGAUGCAUUUUAUGAGCCUCGUAGGAUGUUUGGUCUUAGAGUCAAAGGAAAUCCACUCUCCUCAGUGGGACUCGUGGCCGUUGACAAAGGAGUCUAUGUCCUGAACAACAAGCACCGCCUCACACAGAAAAAGGUGUGGGACAUUGUGGAGCGAUACGACACAGGCUGCACACCUGGUGGAGGGAAUAACAGUAUGAGUGUUUUCAAGGAUGCUGGGCUCAUAUUUGAGACCAGCACAGCUUUAGGAACUACUUACAGACAAGAACUGAAAUGUGAGCAGCCGCCUCCCAGGUCAAAACGAGGUACAACCAUAAUGGAUGUCAGAACCACAUUAGUGAGUAACUAUACAGACGAACUGGAACGUGAAUGUUGUUUGGAUGGCAUGAAGGAUAUCCCGGUUUCCUACACCUGUGAACAGCGCAGCGAGUACAUUGUAGAUGGAAAAAAAUGUGCAGAGGCCUUCCUGCACUGCUGCAAAGAGAUGGAAACCCAGAUAAGAGAGAAGAAAGACGAAAACCUCCAACUGGCUCGAAGCGAGUCUGAUGACAGUUACAUGGACAGCAAUGAAAUCAAUUCUCGAACCCAGUUCCCUGAAAGCUGGCUGUGGUCAGACGUCACCCUGCCUCCCUGCGACCGAAAAGACCCCAACUGCGAGAUCACAUCAUGGGAGAAAAAUAUUCCUUUGCAAGACUCAAUCACAACCUGGCAGUUCACUGGAAUCAGUCUCUCUAGAACUCAUGGAAUUUGUGUUAGUAAGCCUCUGGAGGUAAUUGUCCGGAAGGAAUUCUUCAUUGAUCUCAGGUUGCCUUAUGCUGCCGUCCGUGGGGAGCAGCUGGAAAUUAAAGCAGUCCUUCACAACUACAACCUUGAAACUAUCACUGUUCGUGUGGAUCUGACCGAGGAAGAGGAUGUAUGCAGUGCAGCUUCCAAACGUGGCAGGUACAGACAGGUGGUCAAAGUCGGGCCCAAGAGUACGCGAGCUGUAUCCCUCAUCGUUAUUCCCAUGAAGGAGGGACUGCGCAGGAUUGAAGUCAAAGGGGCUGUUAAAGACUCAUACCUCACUGAUGGAGUUAUGAAGAUGCUGAAGGUGGUGCCUGAAGGUGUGCUGGAUAAAGCUGUUCAGAUUGUAACACUUAAUCCAACUAGUAAGGGCAAUAAUGGUGAACAAGUAGAAAUUCUGAAUAGUAAAAUUCCCAAGAAAGAUAUGCUUCCAAAUGCACCUUUUACCACUCAGGUAUCUGUAACAGGGCGAGAACAAGUAUCUGGACUGGCGGAGAAUGCCAUUAGUGGGAAAUCAAUGGGUACACUGAUCCUCCAGCCCUGGGGCUGUGGAGAGCAGAACAUGAUCCUCAUGACCCUACCUGUCAUUGCAACCACAUAUUUGGACAAAACCAACCAGUGGGAGGCUGUGGGCUUUGGUAGACGUCGUGAAGCGCUCCAGCAUAUUAAGACUGGUUACAACAACCAGCUGGGUUAUCGCAAACCAGAUGGCUCUUUUGCUGUCUGGCCUGAACGUGCAAGUAGUACCUGGCUCACAGCUUAUGUUGUCAAGGUGUUUUCCAUAGCCCACACUCUGAUAUCAGUGCAACAGGCACAUAUCUGUGACGGUGUCAAGUUUCUGAUCCUCAACGCUCAGCAGCCUGAUGGCUUGUUUAAGGAGGUUGGAAUUGUUUACCAACCGGAGAUGACGGGUGAUGUUGGCGGCAGAGACGGAGAUGCCUCCAUGACCGCCUUCUGCCUUAUUGCCAUGCAAGAGUCACGCACAAUAUGUGCAGCGAGCGUUAAUAGUUUGCCAGAUAGUAUUGAUAAAGCGGUUGGCUACCUGGAAAAACGCCUGCCCUUCCUAACCAACCCUUAUGCUGUUGCCAUGACAUCAUACGCCCUGGCCAAUGAAGAGAAACUGAACCGGGAGAUCCUCUACAAAUUUAUGACAGAUUUAGCCUACUGGCCCGUGCCUGGAACAGACAUGUUCACACAGGAGGCCACAGCGUAUGCGCUCCUGGCUUUGGUCAAGUCCAAGGCCUUUGAAGAUGCACGACCUGUUGUGAGGUGGUUCAACCAACAGCAGAGUAUAGGUGGAGGAUCAACUCAGGCUACAAUAAUAGUGUACCAGGCCGUGUCAGAGUACUGGUCCAAUGCUAAAGAACCAGAAUACGAUCUGAAUGUGGACAUCUUGUUGCCAGGCAGAUCGAAGCCCGACAAGUACAACUUCAAUAGAGACAACCACUAUGCCACAAGAACAUCUAAAAUAAAUGAAAUAAACCAGGACGUGAAAGUGAGGGCCAUGGGAUCAGGAGAAGCAACGGUGAAAAUGGUGUCGCUGUAUUACACUCUGCCUAGUGAAAAGGAAAGUGACUGUAAGAAGUUUAAUGUGUCAGUGCAACUAGACGCAGAGAAACUGGAUGAAGACGAGAAGGUUUAUAAGCUUACUGUCGAGGUUUUGUUUAAGGAAGAACGUGAUGCUACCAUGUCAAUCAUUGAUAUUGGCUUGUUAACCGGCUUCACUGUUGACACCAGAGACUUGAAAGCACUGUCAGAAGGUCCCGCGCGGAUCAUUGCAAAGUACGAGAUGAACACAGUUCUGUCAGAGAGAGGCUCACUCAUCAUCUACCUGGACAAGGUUUCUCACACACGGCCCGAGCUGAUCAGUUUUAGAAUCCAUCAGACCAUGAAAGUGGGCGUUUUACAGCCAGCAGCAGUGUCUGUCUAUGAAUACUAUGACCGAACACCUUGUGUGAAGUUCUAUCAUCCAGAGAGGAGAAGUGGAGAACUAUUGCAGCUUUGUAGGGGUGAUGAAUGCACAUGUGCAGAAGAGAACUGCAGUAUGCAGAAAAAGGACGAAGUUAGUAAUGAUGACCGCACAGAUAAAAUUUGCGAGAGUACAGAGACCAGCAAAAUAGAGUUUGCAUACAAAGUUGUGGUGAAAGAGACUGAAUGGGACUUAUCUACAGACAUUUACACAAUGCGAUUACUUGACGUCAUCAAAGAAGGAAGCAUUGACGUUGGUCCUCUGGGUAAACUACGUACAUUCCUCAGCUACCAGCACUGCCGAGCAGCUUUAGGUCUGACGAAGGGCAAAACAUACCUUAUCAUGGGCUCAUCCAAAGAUAUACACAUAGAUGAGCAAAAGGAAACAUAUCAAUAUGUACUUGGUGAGAGAACCUGGAUUGAAUACUGGCCAACAGCAGCAGAGUGUCAACAGGAUGAACACGAGCCUACCUGUAUGGGCUUGGAGGAGAUGGAGGAUCAAUACAAAAACUUUGCAUGUCAGCAGUAGUGGAACUCCAGGAAACAUGCUCUUUUCAAAUUUUUACUUUGCAUUGUAUUUGUAAAAGAUCAAGAGCCAUGACAUUAAGAUGAGUCAAAAACCAAGUUAUAUUGUGCUUAUUAAAAAGCAAUGAUCAAGGUUA